GAAACACGCCGUCUUGAGGUCGACUGAAACGACAAUCAUGGGCAUCUGGGGAAUUUUCGCCGUGACUUUUCUGGCUGUGCAUUGCACGGGUCUUCCUGUCAUGGAGGUCAGGGGCCGUACAGUGGAAACCGUGAUGGACAAGAUCCUAGCAGCCAAUCGCGAUACUAACCUGUUUGAGGGGGACAUCCCGCAAACUGUGACUUCUCGGAACGGAAUCCGCGAUGUCUCUAAGGUCUGGGCCACCAGGAUCAUCCCGUACGAGCUGAGGAGUGGACACUUCUCGAGUACGGAACAGGCCGUGAUCCAGGAGGCGAUGGACGAGUACGCGGUCCGCACCUGCAUCACCUUGGUGCCGAGGACUAACGAGGUAGACUACCUGGACAUCCACAAGGGAAGCGGAUGCUGGUCUUACGUGGGUGUGCAGGGCGGUCGACAGGAGCUGUCCCUCGGGAACGGGUGCGUGUACCACGGCAUCGCCAUCCACGAGUUCAUGCACGCCGCCGGCUUCUGGCACGAGCAGUCCCGCUACGACCGGGACGAGUACGUCAUCAUCCAGUGGGAGAACAUUCAGUCUGGUACGGAGCACAACUUCAACAGGUACUCGGAGGUUGAUGUGACGGUGCUGGGCCAGGCCUAUGACUUUGGUUCCGUCAUGCACUACAGCGCCACGGCCUUCAGCUCCAACGGGAGCCCCACCAUCGUGGCCCGGGACCCCGAGGCGCCAACUUUGGGUCAGAGGAACGGCUUCAGCGACAUCGACGUGGCCAAGCUGAACGCUCUGUACAGCUGCCACAUGCCUGUCGGCUGGAGUGAGUGGACGGAGUGGAGCCCGUGUGACGAAACCUGCACCAAGACACGCCGGCGGUUCUGCUCGGACCCGAACGGCUGCGAGGGACACAACAUUGAAACAGAAUCCUGCCCCUGGCCCUGCCAAGUCGGCAUCCACCCUGACUGCGGACAGUACUACUUCGACGGUGCUUUUGGAGAGAUCAGGUCGCCCGGGUACCCGGGUUAUUACCUGGACAUGGCGACCUGCCGCUACAUGAUCAACGCCACCGCCGGCAGCACCAUCUCUAUGUCAUUCCUGACGUUCGACGUGGAAGACCACACGUCGUGCGGAUAUGACGUUCUCAAGGUUUACGACGGCGGGGACACAUCGUCCCCUCUGGUCGCCACCCUGUGCGGCUCGACCACGCCGAGCCCCAUCACGUCCUCCGGGGACCGCCUGAUGAUCGAGUUUGCUACCGACCCCGCGGUCAACGGGCAGGGCUUCGUUAUCCAGUACACAACCGUCCCGACCGCCUUCAUCUGUAGCUUUGACGCGGACCUGUGCGGCUUUACCCAGGACGGCGAUGACCAGUUUGACUGGACCCGUAACUACGGCAGGACCACUUCCAGCUCCACCGGACCUCCCAGCGACGCCCACGGGUCGGGCUACUACAUGUUCAUCGAGGCGUCCGGAUCAGUUUCCCUGGGCGACGCCGCGCGCCUGCGCACACCAACUCUGAGCGCCAACACCGUCGGUUACUGCCUGUUCUUCCAGUACCACAUGUACGGAGUAGACAUCAACACGCUGAAUGUAUACGUGACUGACGGGAACUCCGUCCUGGGCACGCCUGAGUUCAGCGUGAGCGGGGACCAAGGAAACAUGUGGCUGCCUGGACAGCUUACCAUCCCCGGGGACGCCGACUUCCAGCUUGUUUUCGAGGGCACCCGCGGUUCAAGCUGGCGUGGCGACAUCGCCAUUGAUGACGUCGUGGUGUUCGAGGGCACCUGCGCUUAAGGGCGACUGCACCACACCGUUACGUUCAACAAUCAAAAUUAAACUGAAAUGAAACAAU